AUGGCCAAAAGCUCGACCUUCGACCCGGGCCAUCACGACCGCGUCACAGUGCUGCACGCCAAUUUCAACGGCACCCGCAUCCUGACGGCGUCCAUCGACCACCGGAUCAAAGUCUGGGAGCGGGACCCCAGGACGGGCGAAAGAACGCUGCUCGAUACAUUCACGGCGCACGAUUCUGAUGUCAGAGAUGCCAAGUUCCUCCACCCAACGCUGGGCACGCACCUGGCCAGUAUAGGCAACGACCUCAAAUUCCACCUGUGGAGCGAAGACCCCUCGCAAGCUCCGCGAGGGGGCCACCGGUUCCGGCGCGUGGCCACGAUCCCGUCGACCCCGCGCGUGCCCUUUGUGAGCAUGGACGUGAGGACGCUACCAACGGACCACGUGUCGACGUUCCUAGCCCUGAUCGACCGCCAGGGCCUGCUGAGCGUCUACGAGCCGACCAACCCGGACGAUCUGAGGGAGUGGACCCUGCUGGACUGCUUCAACGUCUGUGCGCCGAGUAACGUCCCCGGUCGCGGCGAGGAGACCAGCUUCAAAGUCCGCUUCGACCCGAACCCGACGCCGUUGGCGUACAUCAACUCGGUGAGCAACGACCGCGACCAGUUGAGCCUCGUGGUCUGCGCUUUGAACGAGGUCAAGAUCUACCGCAGCGUCGUUCCCUCACACUCCGGCACGGGAGCGGACGCGAGUGUGGGCGGAAUAGGCAUGGGGAUAGGAAGCGGCACAGGGGUGUCGAGCAGCGGCAAUGCCAGCCACAGGCUGAUAUUCUACGAAGCCCUCAAGUUGCCCACCCACCCUGCACUUGUCAGGGACGUGGCAUGGGCGCCGUUCAGCGUGCGCGGCACCGAUCGCAUCGCGACGGCCGGCAAAGACGGCGCGGUGCGGGUCUUUGAGCUCGGCGUCGCAGAGGGUGACGGAACUGCACCUGGAGCCGCCACCGAAUCCGCUAGCGGGACCGGCAACGGCCAUCGCAACGGCGGCGCGGAGCAGCUCUCUACCCCGACGCCCACGCGCAGUAUGAGCGCGCACCAGCAGCAGUCGAGCCUGACGACGCAAAUCGCCAGCCGCCACGCGGCGACCCAUCCGUCUUCUUCCUCUGCCCACCCCGGCAGUGCGAAUCCAGCGCGCACGGGCUACACGUUCGCCUACACGACGACCAUCUCCUCUGCUGUCGCGCUCUCCCGCGCGCACACGGACGCGUGGUCCCUCACCUUCGACUCUCAGGGCCAGGUCCUUAUGAGCACCGGGAGUGACGGCGUCACCAAGGUGUGGAGGAAGAGCGUCCUGGGAGGCCAGUGGAUGUUGUUUGCGGGCCAGGAGAUUACUGAGAACGGAAGUGACACAGAUGAAGACGACGAUGACGGCAACGAAGGGGACGAGAAACAGGGCGCAGAGAUGGACUAG